CUGUAAGGAUAAGGGAUUAAUUCACCAAGCUAAAGAGCUAAGUAAGUUAAUUAGGUCACUUACUAACCUGACACAUUACCAUUCUAUCAUGCAGAAGUCAGCAUGGCCUAAGGACAUUAGACUUCUGUGGCCUUUGUCUAAAAUAAAUGUACAGUGGGAAUUGAUGGCACUUACAUUUCCAGUUAAACUUAAUUCCUGCUUUAAAAAUGUCUCAAACAUGAUAUAGCUCAUUUCUACAUUUAUAGCCAGUAUCAUAGCUCUGCUUUCAGCUACAUCGUGCCUUCAGAAAGUAUUGAUACCCCUUGACUUAACACAUUUUGUUACAGCUUGAAUUCAAAAUAGAUUUCUCGCCCAUCUACACACACAAUACCCCAGAAUGACAAAGUGAAAACAUGUUUACAAAUAAACACAUUGAGAAUGAAAUACAGAAAUAAUUUACAUAAGUUUUGAUUUGUGUUCACACCCCUUUGCUAUGACACUCCAAAUUGAGCUCAGGUGCAUCCAUAUUCCUUUGAUCAUCCUUGAUGUCACACCAAACUUGGAGUCCACCUGUGCCAAUUCAAUUGUUUGGACAUGAUUUAGAAAGACACACCUGUCUAUAUAAGGUCCCACAGUGCAAUUCAGAGCAGAAACUAUACUAUGAAGUCCAAGGAAUUGUCCAUAGAUCUCAGAGAUACAAUUGUUAUGAGGCAUAUCUGGGGAAGGGUAUAAAAAAGUCUUGAGUGUUGAAAGUUUCCAAGAGCACAGUGGUCUCCAUCAUUGGGAAAUGGAAGAAAUGUCAAAAGUCUCAGACUUUGCCUAGAACUGGCCAUCCAACCAAACUAAGCAACUGGGCAAGAAGGACCUUGGUCAGAGAGGUGACCAAGAACCCAAUGACCACUGACCGAACUACAGAGUUCUUUGGCUGAGAUGGAAGAACCUGCCAGUAAUAAUGAUUGUUAAAAUCCCGAAAUAUGAUUUGGCACCUAGCCAUGCAAUAUCAUAAGGUACUGCCUUCGUUGCCUUGUUUAGGAAGCUCAUUGGAUCCCAGGGCGGGGUAAAAUGUAGAUAUUUUUUCCACUUUUGCAGACAGUUACAGCUAGCUUUUAAGUUUUGGUAGUGGUGCACUGAAUAAUUAAAGCUAGUCGGCGAAGCUUUGAUCAGCAUGGAUAUCUGAAAAUGGCUGGGCACUGCCAAGAGCAAAAACUGAGGACCAUGUUGAGACCGAUGCCGAGUAGCCUGCUAGCCUGACCAGAGGUUGAGGAGAGCAGCAAAUGCACCCAUCCCCCUCGCCGCCUGCUGACCAAAAAGAUUGAAAUGAGCCAUGGCCUAGCACCAGUAGCAUGAGGGUAACAUCACAACAAACACCUGCACCUCCGUUACCCAGCCACUAGCACCUGACGACAUCUGUGAGGAGCCAGCACAGGUUUGUCUCGACACUUACCUGUGCCGCAUUUUCAGUGGGAGAAAGCGCCUGGUUGAAGACCAGAGUGGCUUGAAUAUUCCCGCAAGGCAGAUGCUGUUAUCCUCGGCUCCAAUGCUAAUUCGGAUAGAGCUUCACUCAAACUGGCUACUCAAGUUGGAAACAUGCCAAUGACAAUACUAAAGGGCGGGGAAGCAUACCUCUUUAAAAAGCAUGUGAAAUGCAUGAUUAUGAAAAACACGAAGCGCAAUGGAAAAAAUAACCACUCAAGUGAAUACUGAGCAGCUAAUAAAGUAUUUCGGGGAUUGUGGACGUUGGGAGUUUAUUGCAGUAAAUGAGUGUCCUUUGGGAAGGAGUUUGGAUGCGAUUGACUAUGAGGAAGGAAGCAGUAACUGGAGAAAAGGCAAGGAACUUGCAAAAGCAUUUAGCACAAUUCCACGUAAUACAAUACACAUCCCAUGACCUUCAGAACAAAAUCAUAGCUCGCAAGAUUGUCAGAGGAAAUUGGUGAAUCGUGGUAUACACUGAAAGUAGAUGGAACCAAAGAUCCAACUGGAUGUGAUUAACAUUUCUAUUGUUAUUCGAUCUGUAGACGCAAAAAAAGUGUGCGAGAGCGGUUGCUGCCAAUGGCAACAAGCAAACAAUGUGAUGCUUUAUCACUUACUAACCUUGUUAUCUCAGAGCUAACAAAUGUUGACCUCAGCAUUGAAAAUAUUCUAAGUCAAUGCUACAACGGGGUUAGUGUGAUGUCCGGGAAACACGGGGGUGUGCAGAAAAUAUUGCAAUAUCAAUUGAAUCACUUAAUGCCACGUGAUAACUUUAAAUCACCAACUGCAUUUGCAUGGGGUGCACGCUAGGUCGUCUGAGGCGGCAGAAUGUCUUUUUCUAUGUGUGUAGCUCCCUGUACAAAUUAUUUGGGAAACCCACGGUUGCUGCAAAGUAUACUGGGGGAGAACUUAAGACUACUUGAUCAGAGAUGCUCUGGCCACCUCGCCAGUAAUUUUGAAAUCAAGUGACAGAUGCUCUGUAAAAUCCAGUCUACUCACAUAUAUGGCACAGAUGUGAGACUUAAGGCCAAGGCUUAUUGUAAGCAGCGAUAGAGCCAAACUUUGAGUUUAUUGCUAACAUGACUUUCAAUCCUGGGGCUCCGACCCUUCUGAACGCAGCAACUUUUUAGAAGCUACUGAUCUGAUCAUCGGUGUCACUUGUCCGCACUAUUUUUAUUUAACCAGGUAGACAAGUUGAGAAGUUCUCAUUUACAAUUGCGACCUGGCCAGGAUAAAGCAAAGCAGUUCGACACAUACAACAACAGAGUUACACAUGGAGUAAAACAAACAUACAGGCAAUAAGUCUAUAUACAAUGUGAGCAAAUGAGGUGAGAAGGGUGGUAAAGGCAAAAAAAAAAGGCCAUGGUGCCGAAGUAAAACACUGGAAUGGUAGAUUUGCAGUGGAAGAAUGUGCAAAGUAGAAAUAAUGGUGUGCAAAGGAGCUAAAUAAAUACAGUAGGGGAAGCGGUAGUUUGGGCUAAAUUGUAGAUGGGCUAUGUACAGGUGCAGUAUCCUGUGAGCUGCUCUGACAGCUGGUGCUUAAAGCUAGUGAGGGAGAUAAGUGUUUCCAGUUUCAGAGAUUAUUGUAGUUCGUUCCAGUCAUUGGCAGCAGAGAACUGGAAGGAGAGGUGGCCAAAGGAGGAUUUGGCUUUGGGGGUGACCAGAAAGAUAUACCUGCUGGAGCGCGUGCUACAGGUGGGUGUUGCUAUGGUGACCAGCGAGCUGAGAUAAGGGGGGACUUUACCUAGCAGGGUCUUGUAGAUGACCUGGAGCCAGUGGGUUUAGCGACGAGUAUGAAGCGAGGGCUAGCCAACGAGAGCGUACAGGUCGCAGUGGUGGGUAGUAUAUGGGGCUUUGGUGACAAAACGGAUGGCACUGUGAUAUACUGCAUCCAAUUUAAUGAGUAGGGUAUUGGAGGCUAUUUUGUAAAUGACAUCGCCAAAGUCAGUUUUACGAGGGUAUGUUUGGCAGCAUGAGUGAAGGAUGCUUUGUUGCGAAAUAGGAAGCCAAUUCUAGAUUUAACUUUGGAUUGGAGAUGCUUAAUGUGAGUCUGGAAGGAGAGUUUACAGUCUAACCAGACACCUAGGUAGUUGUCCACAUAUUCUAAGUCAGAACUGUCCAGAGUAGUGAUGCUGGACGGGUGGGGCAGGUAGCGAUCGGUUGAAGAGCAUGCAUUUAGUUUUACUUGUAUUUAAGAGUAGUUGGAGGCCAUGGAAGGAGAGUUGUAUGGCAUUGAAGCUCGUCUGGAGGGUUGUUAAGUGUCCAAAGAAGGGCCAGAAGCAUACAGAAUGGUGUCAUCUGUGUAGAGGUGGAUCAGAGACUCACCAGCAGCAAGAGUGACAUCAUUUAUGUAUAUAGAGAAGAGAGUCGGCCCAAGAAUUGAACCCUGUGGCACCCCCAGAGACUGCCAGAGUCCCGGACAACAGGCCCUCCAAUUUGACACACUGAUCUCUGUCUGAGAAGUAGUUGGUGAACCAGGCGAGGCAGUCAUUAGAGAAACCAAGGCUAUCGAGUCUGCCGAUGAGGAUGUGGUGAUUGAGAGUCGAAAGCCUUGGCCAGGUCAACGAAUACGGCUGCACGCUCAAGGUCGUUUAGGACCUUGAGCGUGGCUGAGGUGCACCCAUGACCAGCUCUGAAACCAGAUUGCAUAGCGAAAAAGGUGCGGUGGGAUUCAAAAUGGUCAGUAAUCUGUUUGACUUGGCUUUCGAAGACAUUAGAAAAGGCAGGGUAGGAUAGAUAUAGGUCUGUAGCAGUUUGGGUCAAGAGUGUUCCCCCCUUUGAGGAGGAGGAUGAUCGCAGCUGAUUUCCAAUCUUUGGGAAUCUCAGACGACACGAAAGAGUUUGAACAGGCUAGUAAUAGGGGUUGCAACAAUUUCGGCAGAUAAUUUUAGAAAGAAAGGGUCCAGAUUGUCUAGCCCGGCUGAUUUGUAGGGGUCCAGAUUUUGCAGCUCCUUCAGAACAUCAGCUGACUGGAUUUGGGAGAAGGAGAAAUGGGGAAGGCCUGGGCAAGUUGCUGUGGGGGAUGCAGUGCUGUUGACCGGGGUAGGGGUAGCCAGGUGGAAAGCAUGGCCAGCCGUAGAAAAAUGCUUAUUGAAAUUCUCAAUUAUAGUGGAUUUAUCGGUGGUGAGUUUCCUAUCCUCAGUGGUGGGCAGCUGGGAGGAGGUGUUCUUAUUCUCCAUGGACUUUACAGUGUACCAGAACUUUUUAGAGUUUGUGUUGCAGGAAGCAAAUUUCUACUUGAAAAAGCUAGCCUUUUCUAACUGCCUGUGUAUAUUGGUUUCUAGCUUCCCUGAAAAGUUACAUAUCACUGGGCUGUUCGAUGCUAAUGCACAACGCCACAGGAUGUUUUUGUGUUAGUUACAGGCAGUCAGGGCUGGAGAGAACCAAGGGGCUAUAUCUGUUCCUGGUUCUAAAUUUCUUGAAUGGGGCAUGCUUAUUUAAGAUGGUGAGGAAGGCAUUUUAAAAAACAAACAGGCAUUCUCUACUGAUGGGAUGAGGUCAAUAUCCAUCCAAGAUACCCGGGCCAGUUCGAUUAGAAAGGCCUGCUCGCUGAAGUGUUUCAAGAAGCGUUUGACAGUGAUGAGUGGAGGUCAUUUGACCGCUGACCCAUUACGGAUGCAGGCAGUGAGGCAGUGAUCGCUGAGAUCUUGGUUGAAAACAGCAGAGGUGUAUUUAGAGGGCAAGUUGGUUAGGAUGAUAUCUAUGAGGGUGCCCGUGUUUACGGCUUUUGGGUGGUACCUGGUAGGUUCAUUGAUAAUUUGUGUGAGAUUGAGGGCAUCAAGCUUAGAUUGUAGGAUGGCUGGGGUGUUAAGCAUGUCCCAGUUUAGGUCACCUAGCAGCACGAGCUCUGAAGAUAUAUGGGGGGCAAUCAGUUCACAUAUGGUGUCCAGAGCACAGCUAGGGGCAGAGGGUGGUCUAUAGCAGGCGGCAACGGUGAGAGACUUGUUUUUAUAGAGGUGGAUUUUUAAAAGUAGAAGUUCAAAUUGUUUGUGUACAGACCUGGAUAGUAGGACAGAACUCUGCAGGCUCUCUGCAGUAGAUUACAACACCGCCCCCUUUGGCCGUUCUAUCUUGUCUGAAAAUGUUGUAGUUAGGGAUGGCGAUUUCAGAGUUUUUGGUGGUCUUCCUAAGCCAGGAUUCAGACACGGCUAGGACAUCCAAGUGUGCUAAAGCAGUGAAUAAAACAAACUUAGGGAGGAGGCUUCUAAUGUUAACAUGCAUGAAACCAAGGCUAUUACGGUCACAGAAGUCAUCAAAAAAGAGUGCCUGGGGAAUAUGAGUGGAGCUAGGCACUGCAGGGCCUGGAUUCACCUCUACAUCACCAGAGGAACAGAGGGGGAGUAGGAUACGGGUACGGCUAAAAGCUAUGAGAAUUGGUCGUCUAGGACAUCCGGAACAGAGUAAAAGGAGCAGGUUUCUGGGGCGAUAAAAUAGCUUCAAGGUAUAAUGUACAGACAAAGGUAUCGUAGGAUGUGAAUACAGUGAAGGUAAACCUAGGCAUUGAAUGAUGAGAGAGAUAUUGUCUCUUGAAACAUCAUUGAAACCAGGUGAUGUCAUCGCAUGUGUGGGUGGUGGAACUGAAAGGUUGGAUAAGGUAUAAUGAGCAGGGCUAGAGGCUCUACAGUGAAAUAAGCCAAUAAACACUAACCAGAACAGCAAUGGACAAGGCAUAUUGACAUUAAGGAGAGGCAUGCUUAGCCGAGUGAUCAUAAGGGUCCAGUGAGUAGUGAGGUUGGUUGGGGUCACGGCGAUUCAGACAGCUAGCCGGGCCAUGGGUAGCAAGCUGGCAGAGGAUGGAAGUCUGUUUUUAGCCACCUCGUGCGUUUUCGUCGGUAGAUUGGUGGGGUUCCGUGUGGUAGAGGGGACCAAUCCAAAUGGCAAAAUAGUUAUAGUGGCCCAAGAAAAUUGUCCGAUAGACCUAUUCAGAUAGCAGCCGAUAAGACAGCUAACGAUUAGCGGGCCGCAGAUGGGCCUUCAGGUUACGUUGCGACGGAGGGGCCAGUUGGAUAACUCCCUCGAGCAGAUAACGUCGGUAGUCCAGUCGUGAAGGCCCGGUGGGGGCUCCGCAUCUGCAGUAAAACGGGUCCGGAUAGGUGAUUGUAACCCAGGAGUGGCUGAUGGAACUCUUCAGCUGGAUCGCUCCAGAAUAAUUUGUUUGUUCCGGGACUGACGGUAGCCAGUAGUCACUCGGAUAGCAGCCAGCUAGCUGCAAGAUCCAGGUGUAAAUGUCCAGAGCUUGCGGUAGAAAUCCGGGGAUAUGGAGAGAAAAUAGGUCCGUUAUGCUCUGGUCUGAGUCGCGUUGUACAAAACUGGCAACGGCUUUUUGAGCUAAAGGAUAGCUGAUGACCGCCAACCGUGGUUAGCUGAAUACUAAAGUUAGCCAGUGAACUAGCUAGCUUCUGUUGUGGAUUUCAGAUUUGAGGUGAAUAAUACCUUAUUUUUUUAUUGGUGAGGCGGGUUGCAGGAGAGGUUGAGUUUCGAAAAAAUAUGCGAAGAAAAUGUGUAUAUAUGUAUGUAUGUAUGUAUGUAUAUAUAUACAGUAGGGAGAACAAGUGUUUGAUACACUGCCGAGUUUGCAGGUUCUCCUACUUACAAAGCUGUAUUUUUUGUUGUAAUUUUUAUCAUAGGUACACUUCAUCUAUGAGAGACGGAAUAUAAAACAUAAAUCCAGAAAAUGGUCGCCGUGUCAGAAUGAUUCAUUCAAUGGUUUUCCCCUCAUGGCUCCCCAUGGAUGUAACAUGCCCCCUUAGGAAUGUCAUCCUGGAGUAAGGUCUGCAAGAGAAUGAGGUGCUCAUGGUGCAGGAGGCCAAGGAGAAUUGCUACAAACAGUGGUACCUUCCAGCUGGCCGUAUGGAAGAGGGAGAGAGCAUUGUGGAGGCCAUGAGAAGGGAAGUGAAGGAAGAGGCUGGAUUUGACUGCAAACCCAUCACCCUGGUUCUGGUCCAAGAACAGGGGCCACAGUGGAUCCGAUUUGUUUUCUUGGCGGAGAUUACAGGAGGCUCCCUGAAGACGACGGCAGAGGCUGAUGGAGAGUCUCUCCAGGCUCAGUGGUGGGACCAAGACUCCCCACUCACCUUGAGGGGUCGUGACAUCCUCAGACUCAUCGAUAUCGCCCUGAAAUACAGAAAGAAGCCCUGGCAUCCUGUGGCUCACCCUAUAGACAUGUGCUGCCAUGUUGUUGUACAGCGACUUCUCCUCACCUUCAGCAGCUCUGAUGGGGUGCUUUGGCUCCUUUUGGGCAACAUUAAGGACCUACACCUUCCUGUGGCCGUGUCUGUUAAAACCCACACAGUCACAUGGGCGGCCAACAAAUUGGUACAAGAGGCCAUGCCCUCUUCCUACUACGACCUCAACGUCAACACAAGGGGAAUCCUGGGACUACAGCACAAUGGAAGGGUCCCUGGGAAGACAGAUGGACUCUGCUUCAACACAGUGGUGUCUUUAGAACACACUGGGGAGGGGCCACACACCAGUCAACCACCACUGAUCGAGAGCCCUCGCUUUCAGUGGUACAAAGUGGAGAAUCCUCAGCUAAGAGACCAGAUUCAACAGAGAAUAACUACUGGGUCCUUCCUUCCAGUGCAUAGUCUCUACUAAGGAGGGGGUGACAUUCCAAAAACAAUACACUUUUUACUUGAAGAUGAUUUUGGGAAUGCAUUAGGAAUGUGUGGGGCAAGUAGCUGUCUGAGUGGCCAAAAGACAUAUGUACCUUUGAGAGCAGACAUUACUACAGGCGAUAUGUUUAUCAAUUUGUACAUUUGUCAAACGCUAAUCCAGAGCGACUGACAGUCAGAAAAUGUACUCUUUGUACUGGUCCCCCAUGGGAAUCGACCCACAACCCUGGUGUUGCAAGCACCAUGCUCUACCAACAGCCACACAGGACCACCAUUCCAAAAACUGCUGGAAAAGAUUGCAAAAAACUUUUCAGAAAUAAUUUGGGAAAAAUGGACUGCAAUACCCUUUUGAUCAAAUGUUCAAUCAAGUCUGCUAUUAUUCAAAAACUACAUUUAGCUAUCAAACAUGAUCUAGCUUCAUGAUAUGAUCCAUUUUAGAUAAUCCGCAUGAAAUCUAAUACCCAUGGCAGAAAAAUCGAUUUACUGUUAUGAAAGCAUGACAGGUUGAUUCAGCAAUAUGAUGUUAUGGCACGCACAGGGUGACUUCUAACAGUACAAAGCAAAAAUAAUCUCUUCAGCUAUCACAUUGUAGGAGAGGGACGCAAACUUCAAUGCAGAUGCUCUCAGCAUUAUAUUUGGUUGCACUGCUGCUCAUGUCGCUGAGUCUGUUUAAAAUACAGAAAACCAAGCCUUAGUAAGCUAAAUACUUUGAGGCUCAUCUCAAUUAUUAAGUUGCAUGAUCAUACUUUAGAAAGGAUUGUACAGAGACUGAUGUUUAAAACAAUGUAUUAAGACCGAUGUGUAUAGUGACCCUGGUCCACAUAAGACAUCACCUCAACACAGAAAUAAAAUGUGAAAAAAGGCAAGCACAUAGUGUUUUUUGUCAUGAAUCUUGUUCUGGAAGCAACUCCAUAGAGUGGUUGCUAGCUGGCACAGCCACAAAGUAUAAAUAUUUUAAACCUAACCUUAUAUUAAAACAUUUGCUUUUUGGUAUUAAUUUAUUUAGACUUUGUACCUGGCCCAUCUAGCGGAAACCGUUCAGUUCUGCCUCCAGGACGGACUCAUCGCCAUGCAAACAGAAAGUAUCAAUAGUUAAACUGGAUAAUGCAGUUUUAGGUUGUUCCAACCAGUCUCACAGCCCAGAUGAUCAUAUCAAGCUUCAUUAAAAGUGCUGAUCCAGGAUCAGUUUAGCCUUUUAGACCAUAAUGAACAAGAACAUGAUCCUACAUAAGCACUAUGAAUACCUCUCAGGAACGAGGGAUAGCAUAGCCUACAGCAAUCUUAUAUACGCAACUGUUACAAAGACAAGAUGGAACGCAACCUUUUACAUUGAUUUGAUCAACUGCAUAAUUUACUUCCAGGUGUGAUAGUUUGCUUAAGAUAGUUAUUAUUGUUUGCAUAGUCAUCAUGUAACAUAAGCUAAACUCAAAGCAAAACAUUUCAGCAUUUACAAUAAACUUAAAAAUGGAGAUGAAUCUUACAUUUGCCAUUCUCGCAAGUA